CCUACAACCCCAUUCAUUCCAACUGUAGUAUUCGAUCCGAUAACUUCUUUCCAAAAUGUCUCCCAUGAAUUUAAUAUUCAUUUAUCUAUCAAUGCUGCUUCUGGCCUUUUGGCAAGUCGAAGGAAGACGCCUAUCGAAGCGGCUGAGCUACUACAACUACGACGAUGAGGCGGAUAGCUUCGAGAAGCAAUCGGACUUUCACCUGCAAUCGAUUGCUCCUUCGGAGGAAGAACAGGACAAUAUGCAUGGAGUCCUACAUCCCGAUGAUAUGGUUUUUGGAUAUAAUAAUAAUCACUUUAGUCGCAAGAAGCACCGUUCGCAGGUGAAGCCAGCUAGGAAGUACCCCGAUGUUUGGUCAAUGCCGGCCAACGAGAAACAGAAGGAUGGGAAGCUAUCAAAGAAAUAUGAUUUCGACUUGAAGAUGUUGGACGAGGAGGAUGAACAGCAUUGAUGGGAGCCGAAGACUGCCAGAAACGAUUUUUUGCUUAUAUUUUUUAGUUUUUCUUGUCUUAAUUAUUGUUGACAAAAAUAUACUUUUACACUUAACGUUUUGUUGA